AUGCCAGAGCUGCGGAGUGGGCCCCGGCAAGGUCGGCUGAAGUCCCGAAAGCUUGAUGAUAUCCCGACAUCGUCUCAGCCAUUUGAAGAACCGGCAGACUGUACUCCUGCUGAGAACAGGUCAGGGAGGCGUGGGGGGGCGGGGAGAGGGAGAGGGAAUGGUGCAGUAGCCAGAGGUCGUUCCAUAGCGCAGGGCAGGCCAGCGGCUGGUGGCAGAGGGAGAGGUGUGAGGGUGAUUGAUCUAGACCCCGAGCCCUGCAAGGUCCAGAAUCAAACUCUUGUAGGCGGUGCUCAGGAUCCAGCUCUGAACCAGGCGGCGGGUUGUCCUGUUGACAAACCAGCAGGAAUGGAAGGGGGGAGUGUCGAAAAAGUUGUGGGGGCAGAAGAGGAAGCGACGACGUCUCCCAUCCCUGAUCGGGUAUGGUUCGACACUCUUCAUUCCCUCCCUGGUUUAUCUUUUUGUGAUUAAGGUUCUGUUUUUCGUCAAACCCAGGGGCAUUAGACUUUUGGUUGCCAUAUUUUGCAGGAUAUGAUGUGUUUGUCUCCUUCAACUCAGAGGAAGACUAAUGGCUAUUAUCAUCAUCAUUCUUGUUAUUAUUAUGAUUAUUGUUAUUCAUCUUAUUUUUCUCUCCCUGUUCAUGUAUCUCAAUCGCAUGCAGUGCCAAAUGGAAUAUUUUAGCCGAGUAGUAUCUCAUUUUUGGUGGUUUGUAUUCAUUAAUGGGUAACUGUGUGCACUUUCGGAUUCUCUUGACUCUGCAGAUGGGAUGAAUUGUAUGUGGUCGCUUUUGUUCUAUGCCUUAUAGCUAUAUUUAAUAUAUUUCCCUGAUGGCGACAAGACUCUCUCUUUUUCCGCCAAGGGAAAAGGGAAGGGGAACGAGCCUAUGACUAGACUCAACCAGCUGCCCCCUAGUUUUUCUAGCUGUUCCCCUUCUGGAGGAAGAUCAUGAAAUCCACAGAAUUUGGUUGUGAGUCGUGAAGAAUGCAGAUAAUCCUCUAUGGAAAUUUAGCGCACUGAAACCAAGUAGUGUGGUUCUCAUGUUCCUGCCUCGUUGCAAAAUAGCAGAGUAAUCUAAAGUUGGAUAAGUUCUCACUUUCAUCAGGUACUUGUUCUGGAACGUAUUCCUCCAUGUUUUGUGCUGACAGGUCUAAAUGGGUUCAUAUGUUUAAUCACGUACGACCAAUAUCCAUCGUCAUCAUUAUUAUUAUGUCAUGUUCUUCAUCUUGGAGUUCUCUUGGGGUCGUCGUUUAACUUAAUUUGCAUAAUGGAUCUCACUCAUGAUGGAAAGCUCAGCAUGAUUGAUUUCUGGUUAAUCUUUUUUCGACAUGUUCUAAUGGUAAUCCUUGCACGAAUAUUGGGAACACUUUCUUCUUUCCCUGUAUCAGAGCAAAUCAUAUCCUGAUGAAAAAGCUCUGUUUAAAAAUUUAAAGGUGCAAGUGGGAAAUUCUCCAGUCUACAAGGUAGAGAGGAAGCUGGGAAAGGGAGGUUUUGGGCAGGUGUAUGUUGGACGAAGGGUGACUGGUGGAUCUGAGCGCACAGGGCCCGAUGCCUUUGAGGUUUAAUUUUGAAUCUCCAUCACUUGUGCUCUAAAGGUAUCUGUGAAGAUUGGUGCUCAUCGUGUAUCCUUCAUUUUCCUGUGGUGGAUGCAGGUGGCAUUGAAGUUCGAGCAUAGAAAUAGCAAGGGUUGCAAUUUUGGGCCCCCAUAUGAAUGGCAGGUCUACAAGUAAGAAGCCACCGCCCCCUGCUGCUGUAAUUUGUCUUACGUCUUCUUGAUCUAAAACUGUGUUCUUCAUCUGACUUGAUGAAUAUGUUUAUAGCCACCUCAAUGGAUGCUAUGGACUGCCGUGGGUUCACUACAAGGGCCGUCAGGGAGAUUAUUUUAUUUUGGUGGGGAUGGACUCUACCAUUUAUUGGUCUCAUAAAUUUAUAAUCUUUAUUGAAUUUUACUUACAAUAUAGUUUAUGAUGAUUGUCUCAGGUCAUGGACAUCCUUGGACCAAGUCUUUGGGAUGUGUGGAAUUCCAUUGGUCAAGCGUAAGAAACUAUUCUUGACUUCAUAUUCAAAAUAUUUUGUGAAAAAUUGUGCCAGUGGUUUGAUUCGCUCCUUGAACAGAAUGUCACCAACUAUGGUGGCUUGUAUUGCUGUGGAGGCAAUAUCGAUUCUUGAGAAGCUACACCAGAAAGGGUAUGGCUGUGUGGUGGUGGUGGUCUCUUAGUUAUGAUUCUCAAAAGUUACUGUAAUUAAUUAAUAAAUUUGUUCAUUGUGCAUCCCCCCCCAAAAAAAUAUAUUUUCAGGUUCGUACAUGGAGACGUCAAGCCAGAGAAUUUCCUGUUGGGUCAACCCGGAAGCCCAGAUGAGAAGAAGCUUUUCCUUAUUGAUCUCGGACUGGGUAUGUUGCUGUUGCUUCAAUCGUUUCUUAUGUUGACCUUUUUUCCCCACUGUUUACUCGUAGAGUAGGGGCACUUCUAAAGUGUCUAAACGAAUUCUUCUCGAUUGAGACGCUUCUACAGCAACAUUUGCACAAUUUCUGUUCGCUUUUCAAGGCCUUUCGGUGUGAUUUUCUGUUGGGUAUCACAAUCUCAUGUGUGGUGCUAACAUAUGCUAAUUUAUCAGCUUCAAAGUGGAGGGACACUUCGUCAGGUCAGCACGUCGAUUAUGACCAAAGGCCAGACAUUUUUAGGUUUGUGGAAAAACAUUUCAUUUUUUCCCCAGUUUUUUUGCUUAGAAGAGGAUUAAUUUCUCAGCCCACUUUAAUAUCUCCUUUUCGUCAGGGGCACAAUACGAUAUGCAAGUGUCCAUGCGCAUUUAGGCCGCACAGGGAGCAGAAGAGACGAUCUUGAGUCAUUGGCCUACACUCUGAUUUUUCUCAUGAGAGGGAGGCUGCCGUGGCAAGGCUAUCAGGUUGCUUUCCCCCCCUCUGUUAGUACCUGAUUUCUCACCCCUUUGAUUGAUCUCUUGCUCAUUAUUAUGCCCACUGUGCAGGGGGACAACAAGAGCUUCCUGGUUUGUAAGAAAAAGAUGGCUACUUCUCCGGAAAUGCUAUGUUGUUUCUGUCCUCCUCCUUUUAAGGAAUUCCUUGAGACAGUGACAAACAUGAAGUUCGAUGAGGAGCCGAACUACUCAAAGCUUAUUUCCCUUUUUGAUAGCUUGAUCGACACCUGCACUUCACUAAGGCCUAUCAGAAUUGAUGGGGCGUUGAAGGUCGUCAUUGACAUGGCAUCAUCAAAAUCGUCACUUACAUUUUAUAUAUUAUUUUUAUUUGGUUUUGUUUUACUUUGCUUGGAGCAUGUCAUCUGUUGUUCAUGGCUCUGUUAUCUGUUGCUUAAUAAGACGAUCAUGUUUCCAACAGGUUGGCCAGAAACGGGGAAGAUUACUGGUGAAUCUUGAAGAAGAUGAGCAACCUAGAAAGAAAGUCAGGAUGGGAAGCCCAGCGACCCAGUGGAUUUCAGUAUACAAUGCACGGCGUCCAAUGAAACAGAGGUAAGUGAAUCACUUUUGACCACACCACUGUGUUUUCCUUCAUUGUAUUUGUGGUGGAACCUAACUACUGAUCAUGAAACUCGCCUAUUUGGAUAAAAGGAACACAAUUUGCAGGGAGUGUGUUACGUAUUAGUCUUACCAUUACUGUUUUUCUUUUAUCCUAAUAUUAUUCACGGUUGUAGGGGUGGGAAGACCAUUUAGUUAUCGUGGUCUAUGUAGAUUAUCCUAAAGUCGAUUAGGCUGCACGAUUUGAUGGCUAGAUAAGUUGAGUGAAACGGAUUUUAAGGUUUCGCCUUUUUAUGGGUGUGCUGUUUAUUUUCAUAUAAUCAUAAUGUCUUUUGGAGUGUUGUAAUGGGAAUUUGCCAGCUUCUUUAAAUAUCAUGGGCAAGAAUGCUUCCACUCGUGUUGAAUGCAUGCUCUUAAAGGAGGCAUCUUCUUUUCAGACAUGGCACAAUUUUUUCGGCUUAGUUUCAUGUUUAUGUCACUGAUCAGGCGUCAUUUAUUCUGAUUAUCUUCCUCUUGCUCGUUUUAUUUUCAGCAGCAUAUAUGGUCGAACAUUUGGGAGUGCUUCAAUACGUGUUCAGACCUGCUUUUUAUAUCUGAAUUACGGAUUUUGUUUUCUAUUUGGUUUGCCAGAUACCAUUAUAAUGUAAUAGACGCAAGGCUUCACCAGCACAUUGAAAAGGCUGUUGAAGAUGGUUUGUAUCUCAGUUGCGUGGCCUCUGCCUCAAAUCUCUGGGCUCUUAUCAUGGAUGCUGGAACUGGUUUCUCCGACCAAGUUUAUGACUUGUCUUCUGCGUUCCUACACAAGGUGUGCUCAUGCUGGCAGGAAUCUCUUGCCCAGAUUUUGCCUGAUUAUUUUCUUUCACGAUCUCAUGUUACCCUUGCAUGCCCCUGAUCGCCACUUUGGUGACUGUAAAUGGUUUUAAAAAAUAAUCUGUCACAGGAGUGGAUUAUGGAGCAGUGGGAAAAGAACUACUACAUUAGCUCGAUUGCUGGUGCAAACAACGGCAGCGCCUUGGUCGUGAUGUCUAAAGGUGCUCUUACAAUAAUAGCUCUCUCUACCUGACAACGCUUCUCUCUCCUUUGAACUCCAAAGGUUUUCCAGUUGAUUAUCACUUUUGUUACUUCACAUCAUUACCGCUCCGAAAUCUGCAUGCUAAGAUAAUUGAUUUUUUCUCGGAGGCAAGUACGCACAUAAAUCAUGCCUUUCGUAUUUUUCUUGUUCUUAUGUUCGUAAUUGUCAUGGUGGAAGGUUGGAGAUCAUGAAAAAGGAAUCAAACAUAACACUUUUUGCGAUUUAUGCAUUUUCUUCUUUUGGGGUGAGAAGAAUGAAAUAUCAUGCCUUUUUAUGAUUGAAAGUUGGAUAUUAUGAGAAAGGAUGUAUGAAAAGUUGGAUAUUAUGCGUGCUUUCUGGAAUGCAGUCGGCCUAAAAUAUUAUGCUCUUAUGUUUCUUUAUUUAUGCCUUUUUUUAUUUUUAUGAUUGAAAAUUAGAGGCUACAACGAAGAAAUGCAGACGCGAGCCAAUUUCUUUUGUCUUUUUUUUUUCCGUUGUGUAGAACGGUCUAAUUCGCUUUGAUGGUUUUGAGCUUGAAACUGUCUCUUGCUAAAAAUGAGGACAAGAUACAGGGAAAAAAAAGAAGAAGGAAUAGAGUGGUGUUGAAGGGGGUAAGCGUCGAAAUUUUAUUUAUUUAUUUAUUUUAAAAAAUCAAUUUAACGAUCUCCAGCUGCUGUUUUCCGUAGUUUGCUGCAGAUUUUUUUUAAAAAAAAAUAAUCAUCUGUGCGGGUCGUUUUCUGUGCAUCGUUUAAGGGUCUCAAAAUGGCAGAAAACUCUUCAGGUGCCAUGCUGCUGAUCGUCCGGGGGGUGGUGGUGGGUGAUCUUCAUAUGUGGCCUCGCAAAAUUCAUCAGUGACUAAUUUUUUUGUUUUGGCCUGAAAAAUCUGCAUGCAUGGCCGCCGUGCUGCGCUCUCCACUGAUCUUCAUAUUCUUCUCCUCUGGAAAUGGUGUUGACCCCGUGUUUCUUCUCUUGUAGGGACUCCGUACACCCAGCAGUCAUACAAAGUGAGCGAAUCCUUCCCAUUCAAGUGGAUAAACAAGAAGUGGAAGGAGGGCUUCCAUGUGACCUCCAUGACCACCGCCGGGAACCGCUGGGGAGUCGUCAUGUCCAGGAACGCCGGCUAUUCCGACCAGGUAGGCAGAUCAUCGCCACCUUUUCUCCCUUCCCCAAGUGGAAAUAUCUCCGCCUGUCGGCCUGAGAUCAUCUUCGGAAGUCAACCAGAGAGAGACCUGUGAUUGUAAUAAUAGUAUGGAUAUAGUUGACUUUUGGGGGGGAAGGAGAGAUGAUGAUGAUGAUGGGGAUGCUCAUGGUGUGUGUGGUCAGGUGGUGGAGCUGGAUUUUCUGUACCCGAGCGAAGGGAUCCACCGGCGGUGGGAGAGCGGGUACCGGAUCACGUCAAGCGCCGCCACCCAGGACCAGGCGGCAUUCAUACUGAGCAUCCCGAAGAGGAAGCUGAUGGAUGAGACCCAGGAGACCCUGCGCACCUCUGCCUUCCCCAGCAACCAUGUCAAGGUAUGUUGGUGCAUUCCCAGUGGUCGAAUAACACACACACACACAAACACACACACACACAUAUAUCUACAUAUGUAUUUCUUAUUUUUUUCGCUAAAAUAUUUUUACUUGGCAUAGUUUGCUUUUAAUCUGAUCAUUGAGGAAUAGAAGGCACACUGUGUUAGUACUUUCCGUGCUCGUAGAAUCAACAAAAAAAUGAUUUUUUUAUAUAAAAUAUCACCUAAUUUUCAUUCUAUAAUAUUUGGCGGAGUCAAGAAAAUGAGGAGAAAGAGGAGAAGAGAUUGUGGUUUUUUUUCUCUCUUGUAUUUCUUUUUGUAACGUUUUUAAGUAAAGAAGAGGUUCUCUCUCUCUCUCUCUCUAAAAUACAUUCCAAUAAUCAUUAAUAUCGGGGUCUUUGCAGGAGAAAUGGGCGAAGAAUCUCUACAUAGCGUCGAUCUGCUACGGCCGGACGGUGUGUUGA